AGGUACCGAGCAAUGCCCACAUUUGGGAGAGGAACGAUCCACCGUUUUCACACCAACGCAUCCACCAUGAAGAAACUUGCUGCCUGUGACUUCGAGGAUCUAUUACAGUGCGUGAUACCUGUAUUUGAGGGCCUGCUGCCAAAUGAACACAAUAUCAUUGUGCUCGACAUGCUAUUUGACCUGGCUGCGUGGCAUGGGUAUGCGAAACUACAUAUGCAUAUGGACGACACACUGGAUUUUUUCGACACAGCUACCAUUGUACUCGGUCAGUCAGUCCGAAAAUUCACAAAGACCACAUGCAAUCACUACCAUACCACUGAACUCCCUCACGAACACGCAGCACGAGGACGAUGCGAGGCAGCACUGGCUGCUAAACAGCCACAGGUACCUACAAAGGGAAAGGAGAGGGCUGGUCCAAAAUUCAAGUCUCUCAAUCUUUCGACUUAUAAGUUUCACGCACUCAGGGAUUAUGCAGAUAUGAUCCGAUGCACUGGUACCACAGACAACUAUAGCACUCAGUCAGUAAGUAUAUCUCAAAUUGAAUGCUUUCAAUAUCAACUUCAUUUUUCUCUUAUUAGGGUGAACUGGAGCAUAAAUGAGCUAAGCGCUGGUAUCCAAGAAUGCCCAAAAACCAGACCAUGA